AUGCUUCUCAAAAAGCAAAAUAUUGAGCGCGAUGGCUCAGGCACAAUAACGCUCUUUCCAGAAGAACCAGAGGAUAUGUGGCAUGCCUAUAACCUCAUUGCAGUCAAUGAUCUCCUUCGCGCUUUCGCUAUCCGCCGAGUUACCACCGAAUCCAGCACAGGAACCACGAAGUCUGAGAGAGUCCAUACCCUCCUUACCAUAAGAGUCACCGGUCUUGAUUUCGAUCCCCAAGCUGGACAACUGCAUGUCAGCGGACGGGUGACGGAGGAAAACAAGUGGGUCAGGGUUGGCGCAUUCCAUACACUCGACAUAGAACUAAGAAGGGAUUUUACCCUCGAGAAGAACGAAGGAUGGGACUCUGUGUCGUUGGAUGUCGUGAAAGAGGCUAUACGGCAAGAUAAAGAAGGCGUAGUUCCUGCUGUUGUCAUGCAAGAGGGCAUCGCGAACAUAUGUCUCAUCACAGAGCAUCAAACGGUACUCAAGCAACGAGUCGAGACUGGUAUACCGAAGAAGAGGUCUGGAAGGUCAGCAGACCAUGAUAAAGGCAUGGUUAGAUUUUACGAAACCCUUCUGGAUACAUUGAAGCGGCACAUCGAUCUCGCUCAAAAAAGACCACUACUUCUUGCAAGCCCAGGCUUCACAGCUGCUGGUUUCAAAAAGUAUAUCAUCGAUGAUGCCACUCGAAGGGGCGAGAAAGCAAUAAUGGCCAACAAGGACAAUUUUCUAGUGGUUCACUCUAGUUCUGGGCAUCUCCAUAGUUUGAACGAGGUCCUAAAAAGCUCCGAAGUUCUGAACAAGCUAAAGGAUACCAAGUAUGCAAGAGAAACUCGCUACAUGGACGACUUUAUGGCUUUGCUGCGGCAGGAUGAUGGCAGAGCAUGGUAUGGUCCUACGGAGGUGGAAAAGGCUGUCGAGAAGGGUGCUGUUGGUCGAGGCGGCGGGGUGCUACUUAUCAAUAAUUCACUCUUCAGAAGUCAAGAAAUUGGCGUAAGAAAAAGAUGGGUAGCUUUAGUCGACAAGGUCAAGGAGGAAGGAGGAGAGGCGAGAGUGCUUAGCAGUGAUCACGAGAGUGGGAAGAGGUUGGAGGGUCUUGGGGGUAUUGCGGCGAUUUUGACAUUUCCAUUGGAGGAUUUAGAUGAUGAAGAAGGUGAAGGUGAAGCCGUCGAGAAUGGGGUAGAUCACGAAGCUGUGAUAUAA